AUGCUCCUCAACAGCUCGGCGCCCGGCCCCCGGGUCUCCCAGGCUGGCGACCCCUCCUUGCUACCGCCGUCGGGGCUGGAGGCGGCGCUCCCGGCCCCGGACUUCGGCAACGGCUCGGGCAACGUGUCCGAGCCCGUCCCGGCGGUGCCCGGCAGCGAGCUGGACGUGAACACGGACAUUUACUCCAAGGUGCUGGUGACCAUCGUGUACCUGGCGCUCUUUGUGGUGGGCACGGUGGGCAACUCUGUGACGGCGUUCACGCUGGCGCGCAAGAAGUCCCUGCAGAGCCUGCAGAGCACCGUGCACUACCACCUGGGCAGCCUGGCGCUGUCCGACCUGCUCAUCCUCCUGCUGGCCAUGCCCGUGGAGCUGUACAACUUCAUCUGGGUGCACCACCCCUGGGCCUUCGGUGACGCCGUGUGCCGCGGCUACUACUUCCUGCGCGACGCCUGCACCUAUGCCACGGCCCUCAACGUGGCCAGCCUGAGUGUGGAACGCUACCUGGCCAUCUGCCACCCCUUCAGGGCCAAGACCCUCAUGUCCCGCAGCCGCACCAAGAAGUUCAUCGGCGCCAUCUGGCUGGCCUCUGGCCUGCUGGCCGCGCCUAUGCUCUUCACCAUGGGCCAGCAGAACCGCAGCGCCGACGGCCGGCACCCCGGUGGCCUGGUGUGCACGCCCGUCGUGGGCACCGCCAAGGUCAAGGUCGUCAUCCAGAUCAGCACCUUCACGUCCUUCGUGCUCCCCCUGGCGGUCAUCGCCGUCCUGAACACCGUCAUUGCCAACAAGCUGAGCGUGAUGGUCCGCCAGGCAGCCGAGCAGGGCCGCGUGUGCACAGCCGGCGACCAGCAGAGCUCGUUCAGCAUGUCCGUCGAGCCCGGCCGGGUCCAGGCCCUGCGCCACGGCGUCCGGGUCUUACGUGCCGUGGUCAUCGCCUUCGUGGUCUGCUGGCUGCCCUACCAUGUGCGACGCCUCAUGUUCUGCUACAUUUCGGAUGAGCAGUGGACCCCGUUCCUGUAUGACUUCUACCACUACUUCUACAUGCUGACCAACGCCCUCUUCUACGUCAGCUCCACCAUCAACCCCGUCCUGUACAACCUCGUCUCUGCCAACUUCCGCCAGAUCUUCCUGUCCACGCUGGCCUGCCUCUGUCCCCUGUGCGGACACAGGAGGAGGAGGCCGGCCUUCUCGAGGAAGGCCAGCAGCGUGUCCGGCAGCCACACCUUCUCCAGCAAUGUCACCCGGGAGACGCUGUACUAG